GUGAAAAAGAGGGGGUUGUCGUACAUAUAGGAUCAUUUUAUAUUAGGGAUAUAUAUAUAGAGAUAUAUACAUGUUCAAAAGCACCUCAGAAGAGGAGAAUUGUUAAGAGUUCCAGUAGUUAAAAACUUUACACUUCGCUAGUCAGUGUGUGACAACAACAAAAAAGUUGUAGUCAAAAUGUCAGAAAGAGCAUAGUGUCUCUCUGGAAAAACACCAAAAAUGGAGGCUCUAUCGGCUGUUAAAAAGACCUCCAUGUCACUCUUCUUAGUCUGAGGAUGAUAAAUUGUUCGCCAACAGGGCGAGCCCGGUGGACUCUUCCCCUUUAGCAUGCGAUGAUUUUAGUCAGCUAAGCUACAAGCUACAAGCUAAGCAGCCAAGCAGCCAUUGCCCCCUUUUUUAAACGUGCAGUAGACGUUAAAGCCUGUGUGGCCGCCAUUAGCCCACGCUACAGCGACGGAAAGGAUGGCGAAUACACCCUUUUGUGCAGACCUUUUUUUCUUUUUCGGUUUAACCGUCGUUAAGGAGUAAUCCUUGUCGUCGACACAUAUUGCCAAUUUGUUUUGACGUUUUGUAGUAAAAGUGGCGAAGGGGCAACACUGAGAGCGGAAAUUUAGUGAGGGAGAAAAAAACAAAGAUGGAGACCGUUCCUUUCUUCCAGACCUUCAAAAGACGACAGAAUGACAACAUGGCGACUCCUGAGAAACACAUCAAGAAGUGGUAGCAUGCACACUUGAAUUCAUCCUCAGGCGCCUCAUCGGAAUAAAUGCUGAGCGAAGCAACCAGACUCGACGGCGCAGACAUCUGCAAGAAUCUCGCUGUGAAAAAAAUCUUGUCACUGUAAAUGCACAUGUACACUUUCCAGUGGAAGUUCAUCUUCAGACACCUGCAACCACUGUUAGCAAUGACGUUUAGCACAGAACACUAUGGUGAACAAUGUGUUGGCAGAAAUAUGUUAGUUGUCAUGUCAUUGCACUAUUUCCAGCAAAAAGGCUCCGUUAAAUGAAACAGCAAAAUGGACUGAGAUGGGUACUGUGCUUAAUGAAGAUGGCAUAUUUUGUUGCAGUUUGUAGUCUCACAAUGUUUAAAGCAGUUUUGUGUUGGAUAUUCAGGUGUCUUGAAGCCUUAGAGGUAAUGAUCAUCUUUGGACGGAGACUUGUUGCAAUGUGUUGGGGGAACCUCGGCUGCAGCUGCCAGUCAGAGGCCGUGUGGAGGAGGCCUGUUAACUGAGUGCACAUGGGGUUUCUCUCCAGCUUUGAUAAAGGGGACUGCCUUCCUUGGAGCAUGAUGGUGUUUGCUGGUGGGUAGCAGCUGAGAUGUUCUAAAGAGCCGCUUCCCGAGCAAACAAGGCAGGAGGGCGUCUCGCUCUUCGCCCAGACAUGGAGGUUAGCUGGCCUUGGCAGGGCAUCAUAGACAUACACAUCACAGACUUGCACCAGGGACAGAACGGACCCGAUGGAAAUCUGCCUGCUGGAUGUUUGUCCAGGUGAUCCUCCGCUGCAGUGCUUGUCCACGUUACCUGUUGCUGGAGUCCCACCGCCCUGCUUACUCGCUCUUCACGCCUGCUCGGACCUCUUCCUGGAGUAGAUGGUGUCUUUCCUUGCCGCGGGCCUGGCUGACCAGGGUCUUUGGGAAGUAGCCCAAGCCCGCGCUGCCUGACGCCAUGGUGCCCACCAGUGCCUUUUGUCUCAGGCGUGACCCUGACAGAUUAAUACAUUUAAUUACAUUAAAAAAAAUUAUUUAGGGACAGCAAAAUACCAGUGUAUAAUGGCAACCAAAGCUGCCACCAGAUUACUGUUUUUGUACAGCGCAUACUGUGUUUUUCAUUUCCAGUAAAUUUGAUUUAGGUGACAAUGAAAUACCGUAAUUUUAAUUUUACAGAAUAAUAAUGGCAACCACAGCUGCUGCCAGAUUAGUUUUUUUCCAAGCAAAUUUCUAACAAUGCAUCUCCACUGUUUGUUCAGAAAAGAACCCACACCAAAGCUAAAAUAAGCAUGAUCCAAAGUUGAUAGCGACACUAUUUCAGUAGCAAGGCACAGAAAACAAAAUUUGUAUGCUUUCAAGGGGAAAAAGUAGCACCGUCUGGUGGACAAAUAGUGCAAAUUUAAAUUAUUACAUAAUUGAACUAUAUUUAAAGGUGGGAUCAAAAGUGACACUUCUGUGGUUCUCAAUGGGACAUCUUUAGACAUGAGGAACAAAUGUGCCACUUUAAGUGUAGCUUUGCCAUUUUAGGCUCAUUUACGCAAAUUUGACCUAUAUACAUUCAACACAGGUAAAAUGGUUAAAAAUGAUUGGCACAAAAUGCCUAUUGGCUCACGCUGAGGAAUGUAUUGCAACAAACGUGAUAUAAAACUCUUUACCUUGCUCUAUAAAGCAUUCAACUUGAAUGUGGACAGUAUCUUCCAAGAUUCAAGAGUUUUAUUGUCAUAUGCAUAGUAAAACAGGCAGUUAUACUAUGCAAUGAAAUUCUUAAUCUGUUCAUUCUCCCAAGAAAAAGAAAACAAGAAAAAUAAUAGAGCACAAGAAACAUGUGUACCAAUAAAUUAAACAAGAGACAUUAAUACAGAUUAAUAAUACAAAUAAAGUCCUAUGAGUGUGUGCGUGUGUUGCAUGCGGUUAAAUGAAAGUGUUGCAGCCAGCCAAAUACUAGACGACAUUAAAAGGGGAAUAGGUCUCGAAAGCAUAGGAGUUCUGAGCAUGUCUGACAUACAGCAGCUUUAGGGGCCAUUGGCAGUUAAGUGUUGUUUACACUGCCGGACAGCCUCCUAUUCUGACACACGUAUGCACAUGUGCAGUGUUUCAGUGUGCUGUGGGAAGAUUUGAGAACACACCCCUAACAAGCUGUUCUCCCUGUGCAAGAGAUAAGUAAUGUUUAAAAACAAACCCCUUAUUGCUUUUGUAACAGUAGCUGUUUGAGCAACACCCUCAGCCAGCCAUUUGAUGUUGGCUGAUAGUGGGCUCAUUCUCCAAAGGCUGGUUAAAGGUCACAUUUUGACGUUGAACUGCUCACGUAUUUUUUUUUUGUUAGCCUGUUAUUUCCUGCUACGGUGGGCCGCAUGUAACAUUGUGCUUGUACUUAGCUCUCUGUCAAGAGCGGUGCCAACUCCUCCGGCUUUGCAACGAUGAUAAGACCAACCCUGUAGGAGCUCUCGCAGCGGGGCGGUAAUGGUUAACCAGAUAAUUUUGAAAUUGGGUGUGAGCAGGCUUCUCCCGCCUUUUGACGAGCUCCCGUUCAUUCAUAGCAGGACUUCAGCAUGGAGGGGACCUCGCAACAAGCGACUGACUGUAAAGGCCUGAAUGAAGAAGAGCAAGGUGGGAUCCGACGCCGCCUGAGGGACAGAGAACUUCUCAAGAGGAGAAAAGCCGAAGCAGAGGAGAAAACUUCCCAGUGGGUUUUGGGGCUGGAGACCCCGAGGAAAAGGCAGAGAGCUGAAGGCACCAAAAGGAGGGGGAGGGCCAGGAAGACUGCUGAUACUCAGCAGAGCUCUUUCAUGCAGGAAGGUCCUGUUGUGGUGGUGCUCCCGGAACCAGAGGAGGCGAUACCAGCUACAGCAUCAGACCUUCUGGAAGCAGAAUCUUUCCUUUCUGACGUGCCGUGGGUGCCGAGCGCUACUACUCCGGGUCUCGUGUCAACUCCAGAUGUUUUCACUGCAGUUCCUCCAGCUCCCAGCCAAGAUCAGUCCACCGCUCCAGCUCCAGAUCUCGCUCCCGAACCGGUUUCAGAGUCAGCUUCAGCUCCAGAUCUAGCCCCUGAACUAGUGUCAGAUUUUGCCCGUGAACCAACUCCGGAUCUAACUCCUGAACCAACUUCCGCUCCAGAUCCAGCCCCUGAACCAGCUUCAGAUUUAGCUCUAGAUGCUCUUCUAGUCUUCACUCAAUCCCAAGCGCCUGUUUCCGAACCAGCCAGCGUCUCUUCCGUUAUCCCUCCACAGGUGGAGACCCUCAUGUCCUCACAGUCACAAGCCAAAGAGACCCUUGACCAGGUGGUCAUUGAAGACUUAGGCCCAGAUGAUGAAGAGGAGCAGGUUAAAGUCCAAUCUCCGAGUCAGGAUAAAAGAGCUGAUGAAGAUACGAGCGAAGCGCCAUCCAAUAACGAGCCCGAACAAAACGAAAUAUUCACAGUUCCGUCAUUGUCCUCGCUGACAUCUACUCAAGGAUAUUUCCCGGGAAACUGACUCUUUGAUUCUUUAAGGCUGCGUUUACUUGUGUGGUUUGGUAAUUUGGUAAAAAUGGAAUAAAACACACUUGGUGUUCA